AUGCCGAUGGAUGGAAGCGAGGGAUCGCAGGUCUAUGGUCCUGUGAUGAUCGCCCCAGACAGAAACGUUCGUCAUGCUCUCUCAGAAAGAAUGACAUACGGACUCGAUCAGCAGAGAGGGGGCUCUGCGGACGCUUCCAUCAGUAGUUUGGGUCAGCACGCCGCUGCGCUCCUUCAUUCUCCUGCAAGCUUGAAGGCCUUGAAGGCAUACCGAGAAAAGAUGCAAGGCACUUCACACUUGAAGCAGAGCAUGCCAAGGAACCUGGUUCAGAUUUCAGGAAGCGAGGAGAGCAGCUGGCAUCCCGGAAGGUACUCCAGCGCCCGAGGAAGUGGAUACUCGCUUCUGAACUCAAGGGCGACGAAGAACGCUCUCCGUGAGCUGCAGUUGCACGAGGCUGGGGCCAGGGGGCAUUCUCACUCCGACGCCAUGGACACCAAGGGACGUGAAGCGCUUCUGUCAACUAAGUUGAGGAACAACGCCGGGUUCACUUACAUCCGCAGCCGCAAGCAGGCCUUGGAAGCCUACAAGGAUCUGAUGGAAGAACGGCUUCAGCAAGGGCCAACGGAAAGCGCGGACGAACUGUCCGGCAUGAAGAUGGCCAGGAAGGAAAGAAUCCGACGGGAAUCAGAAGGGCAUGGGAGACGAUUCGCUGCCAGGUUGACGCAGGACUCGAACAGCCUGCAAGACCUCAAGACUGAGAUCGACUUGAAAGAGACGGACCUCCACAGUAUUGAGAAUGAAGAGCGUGCAAGGAGAAUGGAGGCGUCCGACCUUCAGGGCCAUGCCUUGAGUCUCGAGAGGGAGGAGAUGCAGGAUUUCAGUGCUGCCGAGAUGUCGCGCCGCAAGACUCUGCGCGAAGCCCUGGAGCUGCUGCAUGACAAGAAGCGCGCACGUCACCUUGAGACUGAGAUCUCGUACGAGAAGAAGCGUGCCGACGAGCUGAAGCAAGAGGCCAAACACCUUCAACGAAUGAGCGAGGAGCGCAAGAAGAAGUUCGAUGAGAUGGCUGGCCCGGUCAAGAAGGCGCAAGAGGACGUUCACCGUGCUAAUCAGGCCUACAACGCUGUCGAGCUGAAGCUCGCAGGAGCUGAGACCACUGCCGAGAGCCUUGCAAACAAACCGAAGCUUGCCCAGCAGGCCAUGGCGCGCAUCCAGAAGCUGCAACGAGAAAGCGAGAGGAUGCAGGACCUUGUAAAGACUGCUACUGGGCGACUGAGAAGUUUGGAGAGCGAGAAGGGGGCUGAAUCUUUUACAGACGGGAUCGACUCUCACUUCUUCUCCUCGAAGAAGCGAUCGAUCGACAAACUUCAAAAGGCGGAGAAGAUUUCCCAGCGGGAGGACAUUCUGAGGGUGCAGAGAGACCGUAUCAUGAGGAGAGUCAACUCGAAACUCCCUGAGCUCGAGAAGAAAAUUCACCACUCGAAAGAGCUCCACUCGGACUAUUUGAAGCUGCACAACUUGGCUGUGAAGGCCCAGCUGAAGGCGGAUAAAGCCAAGCAGCAAGACUGGAGAUUGCAGCAUAAGAUGGCGGCAGACAGGAAGGAACUCGACGAGAUCAAGAGGGAGAUUGAAAGCUACAAGCGUCAGUACAACAGGUUAAGCCAAUAG